UUUUGGAACGCUGGGUACUUCGUAGCGAAGAGGAGGUUUGAAGUGCACGUGUGUAAGGCUGCAUUGAGAGAGAUUAAGCAACUCGUGUUCAAGCCCAUAUUCCGCAAGGUGUAUUCGAAGAAGAUGGACGAAUACCGUCGCCAAGCCGACAUUAAAGACCUUGGUGACGCUAUGGAGUUUAUUGACGGGACGAUUAAAGCUCAAGUUGAGCAUGCGAACGAAGACUGGGAAGUACGGGACGGUGCUUGGCACGCAUUGUAUUCGUAUCCAGGCGAACCCGACCAAGAUCCCCACCAAGACUUUCCCGCGUUCGAAACCGCCAAGGCGCUGCUCAAGCGUCAGCCUGUGCACGGAUCCGUGGUCGUAGCGCUAAUGAACGGAACGAAGAUGAUUGUUUACCCAGGCUGCACCGGAAGCAGGGCGAGCAUGCAAAAGCGCAAGGUGCUCGUAUUGCAGCGGGGCGAACGUGUUGUUUUUUCGAGGGGACCUCGCCCACAGUGGAGCCGCCUAUGA